AGAACCUCCCAGGUCACUUAAUCUGAUAUAAGCAUGCCAGUCAAGGCCCCCUCUGUGCUCUUGACCGAGUGUCUUCAGGACAGAAACUUGACUGUCAAGUCGUCUGAUCAGCUGAGGGAUGUAGACUCAGGAGACGACAAGUCGUUCAAGACUUGGAUUAUGGAGACCAUAGAUUCCAAGACCAUGCUCACCAAAGAGGAGUUAAACCUAUAUAACUCGCUUGAAGAAAUAGGCGAAGCCAGGUUGCUUGGGUCCUUGGUGGAUUUAGGACAAGUGCGAGCGUUUGAAGACCUUGAUAUCCAAACCGCGACAAGGCAACUACAGAGUUCCACAGCUGCCAUCGAUAAGCAAAAUGAAAUUCUCAAAAUUCAGCAAGCUGCUUUAUCAACGCUGGCCGCGACAGAAUUACAGCAACGGCAGCGCAGGUCUAUGGCAAAUGCCGUACAGCACAGGUUGUGGAAGGAGGCGCUAGACCAGGUUAAUGCCGAAGUUGAAGAAGCAGCCAGUGCGCUGUCAGAACAUGUCAGCAGCAAUAAGACACAAUGUGCCGCGAUGGACGCGGCGUUAAUCCAGCAGUCAACUAACCUGCUACGGUCCGACGACAAGAUCAUUUCUAGCCUUCAGAAACUAUCAAAGACAUUGCAGUAUGGGAUGUCCCCAGAAAAUGAUACGUUUGAACGGAUACGGAAGCUCUGUACCAGUCUCAUAAAGUACACGGUGGAGGGUGUCCGGCUGCGCCUUGACCGAGCCUACAUCGAGGCCUUGGGCGUGCAUCAAGUGGAGAGGAAAGGCACUCCUCAAAAUGAACAGGAGGUCAUGGAACUUCAAGCGGAGCUAGACUCCCUGUACUCCGAGAUUCUUCCUGUCGCACAGAUGUCUGCCGAGCAGCGAUACCUCGACUGUGCCGUUCGAGCUAUUGCCUCCCAGGACAAGCAAGGACUUGAGAAGUCGAAAACGAUUAUAGAAUAUAUUUCGGAAUCCACCACCUUUCUCAUCGACCGCGCUGAGGUCUUCAAGCGUCACGUGGAGGCGUACCAGAGUCACAUUGCAACAUUAAACGCUGUUUUGAAACUCCUCAGCUCAGAGAUAAAUUCCAUUGACCUCUCUCGGCCCAAAAAACCCGAGCAGCCCCGAAGUCCGCUCCAAUCCAGGAGCCACAAGCCUGCAUCGCCCAGUCUAUCCCGAUCUGCCCACCGUCGCCGCUCAUCCGCCUCCUCCUUCGACGAAAGCACCCCUCCAGACCAACAAAUUCUCCGAAUAAUGGGGAUUCCGCCACUCGAGGAGUUAUGUCGUGAUCGUGCCCCAGAAGCUGUCCUCCAUGAAACCCUCAGCGACAAAAUCCAGAAGCUUAAGGCGCACGAACAGGGCUUGCAGGCGUCAUCUGAAUCCGCUAUUGGAGAUCAUCUACAGGAUGCAUUUGCAACGCUGCAAUUGCUCAGUGAUACGAUGUUAAGUGAGACCAAGUAUCAGGAAAUCCGGCUCCUCGAUGAAGAAGUCCAGGAAGCCAUUUCAGGACUGGACCAGGAAUUGGCUGACCUGUCGAGUCACCUGCAGAGUCUCGAUUUUGAGAGACUAAAGGAGCGUAAUUCUCACAAGGAGGCGUUUAUUGAAAGAUGGGCCCAUUAGUCUAUGAAUCACCUUGUCUCGUACCAGUGGCACCCUCGAGUGUCAAUCCGCCCCAUCUAUAGGUUCCACCGUCAUAUACAACACGAUCCCUUCUGCCUCUUGGCCCAAAUCCCUUCAGUCCGCCCAUCUAUAGGUUCCAUCAUCAUAUACAACACGAUGCCUUCUGCCUCUUGGCCCAGAGCCCUCGCUCACUGUGAACCGCCUCUUCAACCUCUCUUUCUGCGCCUCCUCUGCCUCUUCCGCCUCAAGCCUUUCCCUGAGCAGCCUCUCACGCGAUUCAGCUCUUUCUCGAUCGGCUAUCGCCUCGGCAAUCACCCGUUCGCCUCGAAUGCUUAAGCCCAAGUCAUCGAUGACAUUUGUCCACCUCCGACUUUGAUCAACGACAGGCCUCAGGAUCGACCGUAGUCUGGGUGCUGGACUUGGGAGGCGGACUGGGCGGGCAUUGAUCUCGGCGUCUUGGAGCAUCAAGAACUCCUCGCGGAGCCGGCGUUCACGUUCUUCCUUAAUUUCCGCCACCAGCCUUGCCUCCCGUCGGUCCCGCAACUCCCGCAGCUCUUGGCGCUCACGCUCUUCCUGGCGCUGCCGGCGUCGCCGUUCGUCUUUUCGGCGCUGGGAGGGAGAACGUUGUCGACUGGGGGAGGUGUAUCGGAAUUCUAUCGAUGCCGAACGUGGACGACGUGAUGUUUCGUGGAUGAUUGGCCUCUGGCGGCCCCGGGAUGGUGAUACUUCAACGAUAUAAGCCUCUUCGUUGCUCUCAUACCGUGGCGACAUGGGUGGCAUGAAGACUCUCGGGUCGUAGUAUAUGGGCGAUGCGGUUGGUGGAGGUGUGCGAGGUCGGGUCGGCGAAGGCGGUGCGUUAAUGAUGACCACCCGCUCCCUUGACUUGGAUCUGGAGCUCCUUCUCCUUCUCCUCGUCGUGCUGGGAAACAAGGCUCCCAUGACCAGGUUGGACAGGGGCCUCCUCUUCUGUUUGGCUCUGGGCGUUGUUACCUCCUCGAUGACUUCGACCAUGUUCGGGGGCGCAGACGAGCGCGGUGGGCUCCUGAUCUGGGAUAUGAUAAACUCGGAGGUCGGCUCGCCGUACUGUAUGAAUCGGAUGGGUUGCUCCUUCACGACGUGCAGGUCACAUGGAUCUUCUGGAUACCCAUGCUGGCAGAGCUUCACCCGGUGAAACUCCACUUCUGCGCCGUCAGGAUAGGAAUCAACAAAGAUCUCUGUGACGCACAUCCUGGAACUGUGAAAUGCGCGUGGGUUUGUGUGUUGCUGGUGAAGUGUGUUGCUGACUUUUGCUGUCUUUUUGUGAGAUGUGAUAUCGUGUCUCAGUCACCAAAUCCCAGUGAUCGAGCUCCUGUCCUUAAGCUUGCUUUGAGAAACAUAUAGACGACAUAGGUGGAGAAAAGAUGGCAAGUUUCUGAAUUUGUAGUGGGUUCUGGGUAGGUCUGUGGCCGGGUGAGAGGUGAUAAUGUGAACAAUCUGUAUGUGUAAUGGUCCGUGAUAUGCGGUGAGAGUAAAUGUAUGGACAUGAGUGGCCGGGUUGAAUAUAUAUAUACUGGAGGGCUGUAGGAAGUGUAGGAAGUGUGGAGAGUCGUAGGAGGUGUGGCUGGUGCCUUUGAAGGACGGGGUGUGAGUGUGAUAACGGGCAAGAACCAGGACAAAGGGCUGGCGUCUAUGGCGGUUGGGGGUCUGCUGUGCCACUUGUUGGGGUCAAGCCACUUCUAGCCCUUGUCAAUAAGCGCAACGGGAGAGGGCAAGUGGAGGCCACAGUGGAGAGGUGUGGCUGGUGGCUGGUAAACUUGUGAUCCUUCCUCAUGCUCACCACAUUGUGGACAGGGG